GUGUAUAAGCAUUUUAUAUAUUCACCAUCAUUAUUUUAUCAUGCCGCCUUUUGUGGAAAGUGAAGUUAAAGAAAACAAUCAUUUUCAAGUCAACAAACGAACAACAAGUGACCAAGUAGAGGAAAAACAUCCAGACUACCGGGCACCCCUUUAUCUUGGCGGAUGGAAAAGGUCCAUUCCAGGACGUGACAGUGAUUUUGCUCAAGAUGACAUGGAUGAACCUCAUUUGAAACGCAAGCAUACCAUUCUUCGCGCCCAUCCUCAAGUGGAGAAAUUAUAUGGUACAGAUAUUCGAACGUUUUACGUGACGGUGGUGAUCAAUAUUGUACAACUUGGACUCGCAUAUUACUUUGGACAUCACGUAUGGUCAUGGUGGCAGUAUCUUUUGACGGGGUAUGUGGUUGGUGGUACGUUGACGGCGAUGUUAGGAGUGGUGAUCCAUGAAGCAUGUCAUUGUUUGAUCUUUCGUUGCAAGUCGUGGAAUCGAUACGCUGGUCUAUUUGCAAAUAUAUGUCUUCCUGUACCGAUCGCUCAAUCCUUCCGAAGAUAUCAUAUUGAACAUCAUACGUGGCAAGGUGUGGAUGGAAUGGAUCCUGAUUUACCAUUGGACUGGGAAAAGAACUUGAUCAAGGGAAAUGCAUUGACAAAACUUCUUUGGAUAUUGAUCUAUCCUGUUAUGUAUGUGGUACGUGGAGCUGUGAUGCAAAAGGAUCGUAAUUUGACCCCAUCCAAGUGGGAAAUCAUCAAUAUUAUCUUCACUAUUAUCUCGGAUUAUUUGAUUUACCGUGUGUGUGGUACCUAUGGUUUGUUGUAUCUAUUGAUGUCUCUUUGGUUUGGAUACUCUUUACAUCCUGGUGCUGCUCAUUUUAUUCAAGAACAUUAUACCUUUGUCGAUGGUCAAGAAACUUAUUCUUAUUAUGGUAUUUUGAAUGUACCCUUUAUGAAUAUUGGAUAUCAUAAUGAACAUCAUGAUUUCCAAAAGAUCCCUUGGAGUCAAUUACCAGCAUUAAAAUCCUUGGCUGAUGAAUACUAUGACAAGUUAUCCUAUCAUACAUCCUGGAUCAUGGUACACUGGAAAUUCAUUACUCAAUCUACUAUUGGUCCUCAAUCUCGUGUGAUACGUGAUUAUGGUACCUUUAAAUGGGGACGAUCUCUCUUGGGAAAAAUCAAGUUAUAUGAAGAAAAACAUCCUUAUCAUGAUUAGUAGAUUUAUGUUAGUAGACAACUAGUUAAUAAAAAACGCGGUGUUUGAAAACGA